AUGGAGAGCAUCACUACCGACAGUAUCGACAUCUCCAGUCUCAAGCGGAAAUUCCUGGCCCAUUCCGAGCCAUCGCAGCAGGGGUCCGUAAGAUCGGCGCAAGCUGCGCUUCAACGCGUUUUGUCUCAGCCUCAGCCAAACAGCAAGAGUCAUGGUCGCCGCGGCGACAAUAUCCUGGCAAUGCAGUACAGCGACUCUGAACUUCCUUCCACCGUCCCCGAGAGUCUUGAUGCCCAUGCACCACUCGCGCGGCCGCUGCCUCAGGAACCUGACAACGAAGGUGCGCCGAGAAAGAUGAAUGAGCACCGCGACGAGGACGCCACACAAGAGGUGUCGCAAGAGUUCUAUGACGGGCACAUCGCGCUCAGCAAAAGUCGAAUGGAGUCUACACGUGGAAGACGCGAGACGCAGAUGACGCUGAACGAGGGCGAUGAGGGCCAUGUCGACCUAGUAUCGAGCCUUGUCACGUAUGAAGCGGGGCCCCUCGCUGGGCAAGAGUCAGAGCCCGUGGAUGUCGACUUCUCGCCGACUCAGACGCAGUCUCGCCUGCCACGGUUUCCAGAGUCGCAGCGCUUUAAAACACCUGCUCCAGUUGGCAAAAAGCGAGACUACAAUGGCAACACAAAGGAAAGUCCCUCUCUGCCUCGUGCCCCAGUGUUGCGCAGUGGAGGCGGCACGCCUAGCAUGGUGAUGGGCUUGAGUCAAGCGUUCGCAGAUACGCAAGCUGCAACUUCGCCCUUGAUCGAUGGUACUGAUAACGUGCGCUCCGACCGACCUUCACCAAAUAUCGACUUAAAUCAUCGACCUGCCACUGCCCCGGUAUCAUCACCUCUCAAGCUGAUUCGUGAGAUUCGCCGACCUUCCGCUGAGCCUUUUACGAAGUACGUUCCCUACGACGAGUCACAGGAGGAACGAAACCUUCGACAUUGGAGAGAGCUCGCUGAAGCGGAGGACAGCGGCAAUGAAACGGACGACAGCAGCUGGGAUGAGGCAUCGAAGAAACGCCAAAGGGACCGCACCCACCAUAACAGCAACGGUGAACGUCAGGCUCGGACUAGCUCUCCUAGGUCUUCUCCUCGGCGAACGCGCUUACCGUGCAGUUCUGCGAUCAUUUCAUCUCCUAUCGCGCCAGCAACGCGUUCAUUACCUUUGCCUGGAGCAGACGCGUACUCGCGCAGGGCACGAACGACCACGCCAGAACCUAGAGUAGUCAAUAAUGAGCCUGCUGAAAGCGAGGCUGAGACCGAGCAGGAAGACGAAGAAGCUGUUGUCCAGCGAUCGAGUCAGAGACCUCCGGUAGAUCCUGAAGACAAGGAGAACAUCGACGAUGCGAUCAGAAUCCCUCAAACAACUGCUCGCGGUUCGCGAAUGACGAACGAUCUGACUCCAUUCGCCGAAAGAAGUCCUUCAAUAAGACCGCAUCAGGAGCAACCUGUUAGUACUGGCGCAAUUAUUCCUAAUACGCAGAUCUCGCAGGGCGCCAGCCAGCGCCCGCAGCCGAAAUCAAGUACUACUAGUGGACCUGAUUUUGUUUCCCAAUCUCAAGACGACAACGACCAAGAUGACACUUCAGACUUUAACCAACAAGUCACAAGGUCUUUCGGUCCAUCAAAUAAAAAAUCAUCUGAGCAGGUCCAAGUUGUCUCUGAGAAGCGAGACACUUCGGACCGAGAUGUCAGUACUCGCCAGGCUAUCGAGCCAGCAGACGAGCCAGAAGACGAACCAGAAGAUGACAUUGUGGACGAUGACAACGCAGAUGUCAAAGGCCUAGAGAACGGUGUUCAUCUAGAGCUCGAUCCUAGGUCGGCGAUUAGUCGGCAUACCGCUGCACCGUAUCUCCUGGGUGGCUCUGGCCGACGCUCACAGAGAGACACUAUUGCCGAGACCGGAUCAGGUCGGUCCAAGUCCCACAUGAGCGUUGCUGCAAAUGAUACGAUCUCCGAGCUUCAGACCAACUUCGAAACGGCCCCUACGCAAAUGCCUCCACCUGUUGUCAAGCCUCCAGAAAGCAGUCCACCCGUUACCACCCCUCCACCAAAGCGUAAGCGCAUGUCUCAGAUCUCUGCAGAGGCAUCACCUUCACAGAAUGGAUGGUCACAAAACUUCAAUCCCCUCUCAGCGUUGAAGGACAACGAUGACAUGGCUGCCUUGGACGACCAGUCUCCCAUACGUCCUGGGAAGCGCAGGAAGCUCCAGCCACAAAAGACCGGUCUAGAUGACUUCGAGACCACUAAAAAUCCCAUUCAGAUUCCUCCAACGAGCUCUGAGUCGAUCAUCGCAGGCUCUGACGAGUUGCUUGCCUCGCAACCUGCCGUAAGACCAAAAGCAGGGCAAAGAAGGCUACGCCGCCCCACGAGAGGUGCAACCGAGUCCAGAGAUGGCGAGCGUCAGUCGACUUGGGACGUGGGCGUCACACCUUCUCCUCAGAAGCAAGCACCUGUAGAUAAAUCCACCAACCGCCCUGUGCGAAAACCCACAGGCCGACUUGCCAGACGCAAUCCACCUCAGUCUAGCAUCGAUGACCUUGUGGUCGAGGCUCCACAGGACGACACUUCGGAAGGAUCGAGCGAGGAUGCGCAGCCUACCCAGACGCAGACUCCUGAAAAGACACCAAAGAAGAAGCAGGCUCGUAGUGCUGAGGGGAAUGUCCAGACCACAGCCUCUACUUCAGAAGCCGACUCCGACACGUUUCGGACCGCACCUGCUGACGAUGUCGUUGCCCCAAACAUGGUCUUUGCCUGUUUCAAUGGCAAGACUCGGGCGUACUAUCCAGCAUGGUGCCUUGGACCCGGUAACGCAGAUCAGCAGUAUAUUGUGCAAUGGGAAGGUUUUGAUCCCGACGAAGUCGAUGUUCACGGUGUCCGAAGCCUCGACCUACGCAUCGGCGACCAGGUUAAGGUCAAUCUUGAUGGAGUGCCCAAAAUCUCUCAUGUCAUACGCGGAUAUAAAGACAUGGUUGAAGGCUCAGAGCUCUCACAGACCAUGGUCGACCAACGCGGUUUCAAGACGCUGUUAGUCGCCCCCAAGCAACGAAAGAGUCUGCCUGCCGACGUCUCGACGCAAAAUGACCGCGAAGUGCCGAUUUCGAGCAUAUAUCUUGACAGCAACAUGUGGAAUCAAAUGAAAGAUCGUACAUUCGAAUACCGGCCGCCACCGCAGUCUGUUGAUUCGACCGGCUACGCUACGCCGAACGAGCUUUCGACGCCAUCGACGCCCACGUCUCGUCACCGGCGUCAAAUUGGUGUCAUCGCAACCUCGACCGCAGUACCCCAUCCAAGCGGUAUGUUCAAGGGCAUGAUAUUCGCCAUUUCAUACGAAGACGCCGACCGUCGAAAGUACCUCGAGACAAGGAUCGGGGGCAAUGGCGGACUUGUCGUGAGCGAUUCCUUCUCCGACCUGUUCGUGGAAGACCAGGGUCCUAUAACCCUCAAGCCCAAGUAUGCUGCAUCUGGCUUCACGGCCCUGCUGGCAGACAAACAUUCUCGGAAGCCAAAGUACUUGCAAGCAUUAGCCCUUGGGUUACCUUGCCUCAGUGGACAGUGGGUUGAAGCCUGCAUCUCCAAGGGGGAGGUGAUCAACUGGCAACGCUAUCUUCUGCCUGCUGGUGAGUGCGAUGAACUGGAUGGCGCGACGAGGUCUCGCACUCUGUCCUCCUCCAAUCCUGUCGACGUGAAGCUGAACGAGCAGCUCGCUUCGAGAGAGCGCAUCCUCGACAGCCAGAAAGCCAUCGUGAUAAUGGGCCGCAACAAGGCGGAGAUGAAGAUGAAGAACUACGUCUUCUUCAUCCGAGCCAUGGGUGUCGAGAAUCUAGAGAAAGUGCCGGAUACGCGGGCGGCGAAAGAGGUACUGGACGGCGACCCAGACUACGGAGUGGUGUAUGUGGAGAAGGAUGUCGAGAGCGUGGAAGCUGCCCUGAAGGUGACGUCGAGCCGCAGGGGAAAAAAGAAGACGCCGGCGAACGGUGCUGUCAAUUGGAAAGUCGUGGAGACGGAGAGUAUUGUACAGAGCCUGAUCUUUGGUGAGAGAAUUGAUCGAUAG